CCAUUCAACAUGUAUGCAUUUCUGUGUGUCAAUUAUCUCUCUGUUUUCCAAAUAUUGGAUAGAGAGAAAAAGGAGUACACAAUAAAAAGUAAGAGGGAGUGGGGGUUUAGGGGUGUGUGGGGGCACUGAAGAAAGAACAAACCUCAAUGAAUGACAUGGGAUAUGUGGAAAAGAGAGGUAAUUUCUUCCUCAAAGCUUUAAUCCCAAUUACGUAAUAAGUUUACACGAACAGAGAAAGCAUAACACUAACACAAAUCUCUAGAUAUAGCUGAAGGGUCUCGACCAAAAUUAUAUUAAUCUAACAAGAAAGUGGUGAAUUUGGUAAUAAUUACAUAUUUUUCAAUAUAUAAUUACAUCCAAAUUUUAAGAGUAUUGCUGAUAAAAGUUUCUUUUUUGUUUCAUUGAAUUUUGCUCGCCUUUAUCUUAUAUGUCAAAUAUGUGUAUUCAUCUUGUGGAGCAAAUUAUAUUUGGGGAUUGGGUUUGAUUUUGAAAGAAAGGAAAUUUUUUUAAUAGCAUAACUGAUCAAUUGGUUUGGAGAACAUAUUAUUUUAGGGAUCGGGUUUGACUUUGAAGCUGACAAACAAUCUGAUGUCUACGAGGUACUACUUCCUUUUUUUUUUUGGAUAUAUCAUGACAUUCUUAUUUCUUAAGUUGGUCUUGAGGCUUCUGUGGAAGUCUGAUCAUUCUUUAGUGUCAUUCUUUUCUUGAUGAAAGCAUUCUCUAAUGACAUUUUACAUUCUCUAAGCCGAGCUCCUUGUAUAGGCAUGUAAAGGCCUUUGUAGUAUAUAUUCAAGUAGAGUGGCACCUGUUCCAAAGAAUGAUGUUUCUCAUUUGAUUGUUGUCGAGAGCAAGUCUUAUGGGAUUUCUGAGGGUAUGUGGGCACGUGUCAAAAGUGGAAUAUACAAGGGCGAUCUGGCGCAAGUACUUUUUAUAGCUAGCUGCUAUUUAUAUUUCUCUUAUCAUAUAUGUAAAUGCAAUAUGAAUUUUCUACUGGUUAAUGCUGCUUACUGACCUCUCUUUAUUUGUCUGAGAAAUUAAACAACAAUAACAAAGCACCUUCUUUUUAGUGCUUGCUAACUGUUUCAUCAUGGUCAUGUAGGUUGUGGCAGUGAAUGAUUCACGGAAGAAAGUGCUGAUUCCAAGAAUAGACUUACAAGCCAUUUCCAACUAAUUUGUAACAGUUUAUACUCGAUUUCAUAAAUAUUUUAUGUUUCAGUUAAUGUGAAUUACUCUGUAAAUAUGAAGAUAUGAAGCAUAACGCCGUACUCCCUACUUCUCUUCACCUCCCCAUCAUGAAAAAGAAAAAAAAGAAAGAACCAAAAGCUGUGUUAGGGAGGGAGGGACAGUGCAGGUCAUGAUUUAUAGAGGCACUGAUUCAUUGAGCUAUUGGGGUGUAAUGACUACUGAUGCUGAGCUCCCGAAGUUUGAAACUUCUAAAAUUGAUGGACCGUAGGAUGUAGAGUGGCUUACUCAGCUUUAGGGUGAUCGGAAGAAAAUGAGAAUCAUAAAUGAUUUCAAGGUUGGUCAGAAAGGAGGUGACAAAGGAGAGGGCUCUUCAAGCUCUAGCAGGGAAAACAAUUUUGAAGUAGAUGAUCUUAUAUUUUUUGGUAGGAAUGAUUUAGACACUAGUAUUGGCAAGGAGAAAGAUGAUAUCUUUAAGAUAAUGAAAGAUGGUUCAGAGAGAGCUGUGGUAGCGAGCAUUCAACUGCGUGAGUUGAAGCGUGCAUCUUUUGAUAGGAAGCUAUUCACUGUGAAAGAUCAACUAACCAAUACAAUCUCAGUUGGUGAUAUGGUUAGAGUUUUGGAUGGUCCCUUGAAGCCAAGCGUGGAUAAAGAUGGGAUGUUUUCCAUUGGUCAGUCUCUAAGAAUCCAAGUGGAGCCUUUAAAGGGAUAUCUUUGUCGUGUAUUAGCCAUUCGACGUUUUGAUGUUACAGUAAAGCUUGAUUCCCAGCAAAAAAUUCUUACAGAUUAUCUACCAAGGCCACUGCAUAACAACAUUCUGCAUGUCGCACAAAUUUCUGUAUCCAGACUUAACGAUUAAAAACUUGAAGUCCGAAGAACCGAUUCUUGAAGAAAGUGCAUAGCAAGUUGAAGAACAAGAGAAUUUUGUUAUGUUAGGGAUGGUUUGAAGGCACUCAUGUCUUAUGUACAUAUGCUGUAAUUUUAUUUUUUCUCUUUUUAGGAAUUGUUAAAAAUGAUGUUAUACUAUUUAGAUUGCUUUCUGGUAAUGUGAUGCUUAAUUCUUUGUAUUAACAAAUAUCAAUUAUUUGGUUUGUUU